UGUUUAUUAGUUUCUAUAAGCAGCAGAGGCGCUCACACACACACAGGGGGCUGGAAACGGUGCAGCUUGUGUCUUCUGAGGUUCUUUAUUCAUCUGCUGUUUCAUCCAGGAGGACUCUGGGAGCUGUGAGGAUCUCAGAGGAUGGAUUUAUUCCCAGGAUCUUCAGAUUUAGUGGUGUAGGAUGUGAGAUGGCGAAGCUGCACUGAGAGAAAGAGAGAGAGAUAUCUCUCACACAUCACCUCAUGUUAUAAACAUCAGUGAAUACAUAUAUACAUUUUUUAAAAGAAAGAAAGGAAGAAAAGAAAGAUGCUUCGUGUAGUUUUGGCAGCUGCUGUUCGGAACAAACCCGGAUAAUACAAGGAGCUAAAAGUAAGCUUCUUCUGCACGGAUUGCAGGCUUGCUGCACAGCACGUGAAGCUCGCAGAAGCCGAGCACACACGAGAGCUCGAAUACAGUCAGAUCAGCACUCGCAGCUCGACGCCAAUGGAGUCUCCGCACAAGAGGAAGACGGUCAAGAGGAAGUGGCAGGUUUUCCCUGGGAGGAAUAAAUUCUACUGCGAUGGCAGGAUUAUGAUGGCAAGACAGACCGGGGUCUUCUACCUGACUCUCAUUCUCAUCCUCGUCACAAGCGGACUCUUUUUCGCAUUUGACUGUCCGUUCUUGGCGACCACGCUGACUCCAGUGAUCCCUGUGGUCGGUGGCGUGCUGUUCUUCUUCGUGAUGGGGACGUUACUCAGGACGAGCUUCAGCGACCCCGGCGUCCUGCCCAGAGCCACCAUGGAAGAGGCUGCAGACUUGGAGAGACAGAUAGAUGUUGCGAAUGGCUCCAGCACUACAGGAUAUCGGCCUCCUCCACGAACUAAAGAGAUCACUAUUAACGGACAGACGGUGAAGCUCAAGUACUGUUUUACUUGUAAGAUCUUCAGACCACCGCGUGCAUCGCACUGCAGCCUUUGUGACAACUGCGUGGAGCGGUUCGAUCAUCACUGCCCCUGGGUGGGGAACUGCGUCGGAAAGAGGAACUACCGCUUCUUCUACAUGUUCAUCCUGUCACUGUCCUUCCUCACGAUCUUCAUCUUCGCCUUCGUCAUCACGCACAUAAUCAUGAAAUCCCAUAGAAGCGGGUUCCUCAGCGCACUCAAAGACAGUCCUGCCAGUGUGCUGGAGGUUGUCGUGUGUUUUUUCUCCGUAUGGUCAAUAGUGGGACUCUCCGGCUUCCACACCUACCUAAUCGGAUCCAAUCAGACCACCAAUGAAGAUAUUAAGGGGUCGUGGUCGUCAAAAAGAGGGAAAGAUAACUACAACCCUUAUAGCUAUGGAAACAUGUUCACAAACUGUUGUGCAGCCCUCUGUGGUCCGCUUCCACCCAGUCUCAUUGACAGAAGAGGCUUGGUCCUGCCUGAUACGCCGCAGCCUGCACCACCCACGAAUGGUAUCACAAUGUACGGUGCCACUCAGUCCCAGACCCGCAUGUGUGACCAAGACCAGUGCAUUCAGAGCACCAAAUUCGUUUUGCAGGCUGCCACGACGACACCGCUGCUGCAGAGCGAGACCCCAGUCAUGGCUGACGAGUCAUCGGUGCCUGACGGACCGGCUCCGAGCGCUCCGUGCCCGCUGCUUCCUCUCAGCCAGCCCACGCCACCCACCUCCACCCCGAGUCUGAGCUGUGAAGCGGAGAGUCUGAGCCCUCCUGCCCCCGAGGCACAGCACCACUUCCUCACGCCUGAUGAUGCCCCCUCGCCCCCAGGCAUGCUUCCCAGCACGGACCACAGCCACACGGCACCCUUCUACAACCCUGCCAGCCAGGACUCUCUACAUGAGGACUCGGUCAGAGGUCUGGUCAAACUCAGCUCUGUUUAAACAGUGACGUGUGGUUCUCGUGCGUAUCCCCCACACUGCCCUUUUAAUCUGUGCCAAGAGCCUGCAAGCUCCUCGUUGUAACUACAAGCUCAGUGAUACGAGCAGCCCGAAGCCGCUCGGUGUGGAUCUGGACGCGUUUAAACCCACAAAGUGUCUCUUUGCUCCUCUAUGGAUCCAGGAGCCGCUGCCCUCAAGGCUGGGUGGUUUCGAAAACAAAGGGCUGUAACGAACUCGGUGCGUUGAACCGUUUAACAAGAGGUCGUUCCACUUGAAAAGCUGCUUUGUGUGUCAAUUGCUGGGACUCGCUUUGUAUUUUGGGGCUUUUUUUUUUAUUAAGAUCAGAAUCUCUGCCUGACGAUUGGGAAUGGACAGUUUCUGCCUUCUUAUUUCUUGAGAUUGUUGCACAGUUGAUGAUAAUGUGAGCUGUUGUCAUGAUGUUGCAUCUGCGUACACUUUUUUUUUUUAAUACCUAUUUUGGAAAGAAUAUGGUAUUGUGUUGUGGCACAAAAGAAAUGUUUUCCCUUUUUCUCAACAAAUCGGUGUACAUCACAUAGAUAUUACUAUAUUCCCUGAGUUUUAACGAGGUUCUUUAAAAAGCUGUUCCUGCAUCUUUAAAAAUUCAAUGUUGUAUGCUGCAAAGUUCCCUGGUCUGCAUAAAACGGUGUUCUCGUGUGACUAGUUGGACGUCUUACCAACACGACCUAUGAUACUGUGUCAUGGAAAAGAGAAAAAAAAACACUGCCCAAUAAAAUCUGAUUCAUUA